CCUCAACUAUAAACAAAAUGCAUUAAAAAAAAAAAAACCCUUACUAGAGUAGGAAGUAGCCAGUCUUUACGACGACAUGAAGCGAUCACUAUUAUUUUCUCAUUUCCUUCUCAUCAUUCUCACCACACAAUCAAUAAUCUCCUUCAUAACUACCGCAGCCACCACCGAGGAUUUCAUUUACGACAUCGCUGGGAAAAAGGUCGACAAAAAUGCUCCCUACUACAUUGGUCCAGUGGACUGGGCUAAAGGAGGUGGAGUCAAGUUAACCAAGACCAAGUGUCCAGUCCAUGUCAUCCAGGACCCAAAAGAGGUCACCAAAGGCGACCCUUUCGAGUUCACACUCAAUGCUGCUAAAGAACAAUUUCUUCGCACAUCAUACCCUCUUGGUAUCUCUAUCAAGUCCGCGGGUAAAUGCAAAGAAACAUCAUUUCUAAAGAUAAAUGAUGUUCUGUCCAAACCACCCGCCAACUUUUUAGCAAGUGGAGGGCUCUUUAACACCGCUUUUUCAUGUUUUCAAGUUGUGAAGUUUCCGAAGCCAUCAAGUAGUAAUGCCAAAGUGCAAAGCUACUUGCUUCAACAUUGUCCAAAGGUUUGUGGUGCGGGUCCUAUUGGUUGCUUUAACAUUAGCACUUAUGUUGAUAAUGGCACCAAAUAUCUUGCAACUAUUGGCACUCCUUUCGAAUUUGUGUUCAAGAGGGCGUAGGAGUAACGUAGUUUAUAUAUAUAUAUAUAUAUAUAUAUAUACACACUAGGUAUUUUCACCCGCGCGAUGCGCGGCUUUUGUAUGAUUUUUUAAAACUUUCAAUAUUGGCAUCGAUAACCAACAAAAUUCGGUUUUGCUA